GCUGAUGUUGGAAAUUUAAAGGAGGUACGCUAGAAUAUAUUUAAUAUGUGGAAUCUGUUUGUGAUAAUAGCUCUGUCAAUUUUUGUUUUAAUACACAAUGAAACAAAUUGUACAUGUGUGUUUCAACAAACCAAUCAAACGCUCCAAAACCUGUGCGACUGGAGCGAUUGGUUGCCAUGGAACUGUACUGAUUGUCAUUGCUACAGUUCGGGAGAUCUUUACCUUGCAAAGAGACAAAGGGGACUCUGUUGCAAUAAGUUACAACCUCUAGACGAGUGCUUGAACGACUGCGGAUUUAACCAGGGCGCAGGUGCUCAAUACCAGAAGUGCAGUAAUAUAUGUACAGUUUCAGCGCUUUACAGUUCGACAGACUCUUGUUUAUCACCAAGUUCAACAAAGGUGUCGAAGGGUUUUAAGGCAGUCAUGCAACUAUCAACCGAUUCAAAUAUAGCAAUGUCAAAACCAUUGCGAAUACUGGUUACAACAACUGAACAUUCGAAAAUCUCAAGUUCAAGUACGACAGCAUCUACCACCUACUCGACGCCAAUAAAACAGCAAUCCAAUCAACACAAUACACAUACUAUGGCAAAGAGUGAGUCAACAGUGACCCCAUCCGAAACGUUCUUCGGCAUAACAGAUUUACCUGAAAUAGUUUCAUCCACAUGGCCACUGUCAGCUACACCUCUAAUGGUCUUUAGCAAUUCAAUGUCUGAAUCCGUAGAGAGCUCGGCAAUCGACCGAACGCAUUCAUCGAUGCAUCCAGUGAUUUCCUACAACAUGGUGACGUCUUCAAUAACCACGUCGUACCAAACUGAACCAACAGCAUCUUCUGAACAAAAAGCCUCCGGUCCGUCAGUUUCGACAGGAGUUAUCGCUGGCAGUGCUGUCGGCUUUCUGGCUGCCAUAGCAAUAUGCGGUAUCCUCGUUGCUUUAAUCGAGAAAGAAAAGCGGAAACUUCGUACAAUAAGUCCAGACACAACUGACCAGAACAACACUAAACUUUAAUUAGUGUCUUUGUACAGUUUGACCUUUGCUCAAAGUGCAAGCAUUGUUUUCAGUUGUAGUACAAGCAGUAUGAUAUAAACAUGCAUGAUACCUUUUACAUAUUUAUCAUCGAUCCAUGACAUUUAUUCCAUUGAGUUGUAUACUGUAUUUGUAUAAUGAAAAAAAUGAGCAUUAUAGAACAUUACACAUGUUUUGCUUAUGCAUAUGCUUACACAUUGUUUAUCUGUUCAAUAACGUGAUAUAAAAAUAUCGUGUGUUUAACAUACGUAUGUAUGUUUGCGUGCCUCAUUGGACAGAUUUUAAGAGUUAUACCACAUAAAUGGU